AUGGUUUACGAUUCAGCUAUUCCUCUUCAUUCGCAUGCUUCGUUUGUUACUAUGUUCAACGGAUUGAACUUCUCUGAAUGGCAUGAACAAAUCCAGUUCCACUUAGGUGUAAUGGAUCUUGACUUGGCUCUGCUGAAUGAUAAGCCCGUUGCCAUUACUGAUACGAGCAGUGCGGAUGAGAAGUCUUUCCAUAAAGUAUGGGAACGCUCUAACAGGCUGAGCCUUAUGUUUAUGCGAAUGAGUAUUGCCAACAACAUUAAGAGUACUAUUCCACAAACAGAAAGUGCCAGGGAAUACCUGAAGUUUGUGGAAGAACGUUUUCGUUUUACAGAUAAGUCUCUCGCUGGUACACUAAUGGCUGAACUCACGACCAUGAAGUUUGAUGGGUCGCGUAGUAUGCAAAACCAUAUCAUCGAGAUGACUAACAUUGCAACAAGACUUCGGACCUUGGGGAUGAAAGUGGAUGACUCCUUCUUGGUUCAGUUUAUUCUGAACUCGUUGCCUCCUGAGUAUGGACCUUUUCAAAUUAACUAUAACACUAUUAAGGAUAAAUGGAAUGUUAGUGACUUAUCCAGUAUGAUUACUUAUGAGGAGUCAAGACUUAAGAAACAAGGGAGUCAUUCAAUUAACCUCAUGGGUCAAGGAGCUGGUAAAGGACUUAAUUUGAAGGCCAACAAGUUCAAGAAGAAGAAAGCACCUGCUAAAACUCCACAGGAUGCUAACAAGUAA